ACGGAUCCUUAACACAGACGAUCUCACCACCGAACAAACCCACCCGCUCAUAUGUCCAAGCUUAGCUGCAUCACAUGACACCAUCUGAACUGUGCCACUUACAGAAGAGCGAAGCGUUUCUGGAUCUCCCCUUCAGCGCCUCUAUAAUAUAACCGCACCGUCCAGUCCAGUUGGCGCACAAACGCGUUUAUUCUCGCUCUAUGUUUGAAGGCCGGGCUCUUUUUCUAGACUCUCAUUGUUGGCCGCGCGUGUGGGCCUCGCCAUUUGUUUGUUGUUUUUUUUUUUUUUGGAGAAGGGGGUCCUGUCCUGGUGAAAAAGGAAAGAGACUUGGAGAGAACUAGAGAGUGUGAGAGAGCGAAAGGGGUGAAUCCGAGCGUAGACCUGCGUGUUUUGAGGUACAGGGCUUUGCGGACUGGAGGCCAUCCCGAGCUAACUAAGCUAACUUAGCUGCGAGAACAGAAGACAUGGCGAACAUCGCGGUCCAAAGGAUCAAACGGGAGUUUAAAGAAGUGCUGAAAAGCGAAGAGACGAGUAAAAAUCAGAUCAAGGUGGACCUGGUGGAUGAAAAUUUCACAGAAUUAAAAGGGGAGAUUGCAGGACCUCCAGACACACCAUAUGAAGGGGGCAGGUAUCAACUAGAAAUCAAGAUCCCGGAGACGUAUCCUUUCAAUCCGCCGAAGGUACGGUUUAUUACAAAGAUUUGGCAUCCUAACAUAAGUUCAGUUACUGGGGCGAUAUGUUUGGACAUUCUGAAAGAUCAGUGGGCUGCAGCGAUGACCCUGCGUACAGUUCUGCUCUCACUACAGGCUUUACUAGCAGCAGCAGAGCCAGAUGACCCGCAGGAUGCUGUAGUAGCCAAUCAGUAUAAACAGAAUCCAGAGAUGUUCAAACAGACUGCUCGACUGUGGUCUCACGUUUAUGCUGGCGCUCCUGUCUCUAGUCCUGAAUACACACGCAAAAUAGACAAACUCUGUGCCAUGGGUUUCGACAAAAAUGCAGUAAUAGUAGCUUUGUCUUCGAAGUCUUGGGACGUAGAGACGGCAACAGAACUGUUGCUUAGCAACUGAGACUUCAUCAUCAUCACUAGGCCAUGAUUUCACUAACCACCUCUACCCCUUAAAAGAAACUGCUCUUUCUGCCCUAUAUUCGUCCACACACUCAUCCAAGCAUGUAGAGAUCAUCUCAAAGUAGCAGAGCUGAUCUAGAGCCAGAUUGGUCCAUCUGUAAUUAUUUUUAUGAAAUAAAUAAUUUGUAAAAGAGUAAAACCUGCCAUAGAAACACAAUACUAUUUGAGUUCAUGUCCUGGAGGACUGUAACGCUGCACAGCUUAGUGGUCCCUGCCCUAAUGCCAAGUACUUAGUAACUGAUUGACUUAUUCAUGCUCCGCCCACAGAUGCAUUCUUUUAUAAAGCUUUUGUGAGUUUAGACAAGCUUUUGACAAGCAAGGCCAAAUCACUAUGUAAUUUUGAAAAUGCUACUAAUGCCAAGCUGGGCUAUGCUGUUGUAGCUAACUGAAACUAGGCCAGUUGUAAACAAAGACACAGAACUUACCCCCAUUUUAAAGUUAACUCGAUGACACAGUAACAGGAAAAAAAACUAACUAUCCUAACAAUGUGACCUUUCACACCUGGAGAAAAUAAAUUUGAAAUAAUUAUUUCAACAAUUUUUUUAAGGUCUCCAACUUUACAACGUUAGCUAUGAAUGAACACCUGCGCGGGCUUGGCAUGAAUAAGUCGAUGAUUAAGCCCCCACCUGAGCUGAAGUGAGCAUUAGAACACCGAACACUAAACUGACCAAUGCUGCGUCCCUCAAGAAUGGAUUUUGACAUGGCUGCCAUGAUGAUGUGCAGAUAUGGCUAGUUAAGCUCUGCCCUUUUUUGAUCAUACGGUAAAAUUCUCUGCCUUUCCUCCCCUCUCUCAUAUGCUAGCGGCCUGUCUCUAAUUCAAAACCAAACGAGGAGAAGCCCGUCAUCACUGUCACUUUAGACUGUCCAAAAGAUGAAAACACCUGCUUGCAUAGGUGAAACAAUGAUACAUGAUGUAAAUAAGUAUAUUAAAAAGUUUGUGUACACUCAAAAAAACCAGCCCAGGGGAAAGUGUUAAUUUUUUCUAACUGUACAUUGUAAAAGAAAUUGCUUUAUGUUUUUAAGAUGUUCAUCUGAACAGGAUGUUGAUGUGGAUUUGCUAGAAAAACUAAGUAAAACGUUCAGACCUCUCCGAGAUUGCAGAACACUCCCCAUCUCUUCCAUAUGACUGCUGAAAAACUAAAAUGUGCCCCCCCCCCCUCCUUUUUUUUUUUUUUGUAUUAUCCUGAGAUGUGCGGUUGGUCAGAUGACAUGGUGUGAUGUUACUGCUGUACUAGAAGACUGGCAUUUAGUUUCCAACGUUUUUGAUGCGCUUCACAAAGCCUGGUACCGCUUAAAGGGAUGGUUCACUCUGUAAUGCUAAUGUUGCUAACAAUGAAUGCAAGUGAGUCUCCACAUGCUUGCAUGACAUCAUUUUUCUAAUUGUUGGCUACUCAUUGUUUAACUGCGACAUUGCCAAUGAUGCUAAUCAUCCCUUUAAUGAGGAUUGUGGAGACGGGGACAUGAAGUGACUUUGAGAUUUUUUAUUUUUAUUGUUUUCUUUGCUAUCUUUCUUUUACAUAAAGGAAUGGGAUAGGAUGCUGGACUGGUCAUUAUCUCCCAUCCUUAAAAAGGCAGCUGUAUGACCUUUGACAAAUCGACCUAAGUUGCCUCUGUUGUUGUUUUUUUUUUUUUUUUUUUUUUGGUUUUUUAAUCUUUUACUGAUGAUGACUCUCUGACAUUGGGGCAAGUGCAAGAAAGAGGACAAGAAUAUAACUGAAUAUAAUAGACUUGCCUUUUUGUUUCCUGGUUAGUCUUUUUUUUGCAGCACAAUCAAGAUUUCCCACAAUCAGUCUGUAAACUCUGGCAACUGAAAGAUGCCAAUGGGCCAAUGAAAGGGCAGGAUGGGCAGUCAUGCUGUUGAAUGGUUUUGAUUACAUGUAUUCUUUUCCACUCAUUACCAGUGGUUUGUUAAGGGUGAAUUCCAAUGUUUUUUUUUUUGUUGUUUUUUUUUUAAAGAAUUCCCACAUAAGUCAUUAAGACGUAAACGGACAUUCAGAGUAGUUGGAUGUGAAACUUUAAAAUUAUUCAUUGUGGUGGUGGUGAUGGGAACCAGGGGCCAUAUUACAGAAACUAAGCCUUAAAUAUCAUGUUUAGUCACUAUGACCACUUCAGUUAGGAGUGUAUUUAGGACAGAAGCUAUUACAGAACCACAGUUCUGAAGUUCAUAAUCUUUUCCUAAAUCCACGUAAGAAAAGUGUUCCAGCAACAUUCUAACUACACAAAACUUCCUAAAUUCUGUCUUAACUUUAAGACAACUCCAGGGGAGUCUUAACCUCUGUUUUACCUGGUCAUUUAUAUCGUUCUGUGCAGUGACAAGGCUGCAUAGUUCGCUAUAAAUGGCCAGUACUAGUAAUAAACUAUUCUGCCUGUCCCAUUUGUGUAAAAAUGAGUUUAUGUGGAGUUAAGAUUAUGAACUGGAAGAACUGUUGUUCUGUAAUAGCUUCUGUCCUAAAUCAGUCCCUACUGAAGUUGCCAUGAUGGCUAAACAGAGCAAAUUAAGGAGAAAUCAGUAGAUUCAUCUACAACGCAGCAUUUCACAUUAGACGACUCGGAAUGACUUUUAUAUCAGUGUUUUAAUUGAUGUUGAGAAAUUGGCUUUAUAGCUGAACGUUAUUCCCAAAGCAACUAGGAUAAAACCUGAUUUUUUUUACUUGAUUGUUUUAGCUUAGAAAUAUCACCACCAUGUGAACAUUUGGUAAAUUGAUCCAUCAGGAUACAAGUGACGAUGAAAUCGGAAGUGAAAAAUAUUUUUUUUUUUAGAUUUGAUACAAAUGCUAGUGGUAAUAAAGUUUCAAUUCUCUACUUGUCCCUCAAACUUUAAACUAGCAGAUCACACACUGCUCACCAUGCCCAAAGGAAAGAUAACAAAUCCUGUCUUUAGUUUUCUCAUGCACAGUCUCCGUCACUUGUACAUAAAGCAAACCCCCUUUUCUUUACGAAAAGCAUCGGUCAUCUUCAAAAUGUACCAUUGAUGGCUGGGUUUAUAUUUUGUAUGAAAACAAAAAAAAAAAAAAGAACUGUCUUCCUGUAGUAAUCACCAUGUUCAAUAUUGCACGAAGAAGCAGCAAAGGGUUAA